AGCGCGCCCGCACUCCCCACCCCACCCCCUUUCCCCGCCUCAUCCCCUUCUCGUGCCGCCGCCGCCGCCGCCGGUCGCCACCAUCCUCCGCCGACCUACCGUCGUCCCCGGCGCCGGUGGAGACGACGGGGAGUAGUCCCCUCGUCCGGCUUGCGCUGUCGCGAGCCACGACCCGAUCCGCUUGCGCCGUACUGAGAGGUCGAUCGAGUCGCCCUCCCCGCAAUUCGCCGGAUUCCCAUCCCAAGGCCGCCGAUUUGGGCGCGCCGACGGAGGCGAGGAUAAAGGCAAGAGUUCUGUUGGUGCAUUGAGAAGCGACACUGUGAUUUUCUUAGAUAACAGAUGAGGCGAGCUCGGAGGCGUACGUGGGUGGGAUGACUGAUGAGGGAUGAUAGUGACAUUGAUGAACUUUCUACGGGCGUGUUGGAGACCUUCAUCCAACCGGCAUGCCCGGACAGGCUCAGAUGCUGCCGGUAGGCAGGAUGGACUUCUAUGGUACAAGGACGCCGGGGAGCAUGUAAAUGGCGACUUCUCCAUGGCUGUUGUCCAGGCCAAUAACCUACUUGAGGACCAGUGUCAGAUUGAGUCGGGUCCGUUGAGCUUUCUCGACUCUGGCCCAUAUGGCACUUUCGUCGGGGUUUAUGAUGGGCACGGUGGACCAGAGACAGCUUGCUACAUCAACGAUAACCUCUUCAACCAUCUUAAACGGUUCACUUCGGAACAAAAUUCAAUGUCAGCUGAUGUACUGAAGAAAGCAUAUGAAGCUACAGAAGAUGGGUUCUUCUCUAUCGUCUCCAAGCAAUGGCCUGUCAAGCCUCAAAUAGCGGCUGUUGGCUCAUGCUGUCUGGUUGGUGUUAUCUGUGGUGGCAUGCUUUAUGUUGCCAAUGUUGGGGAUUCUCGUGCUGUUUUAGGAAAACAUGUUAAAGCCACUGGAGAAGUAUUGGCAGUCCAACUGUCCGCAGAGCAUAAUGUCAGCAUUGAGCCAGUGAGAAAAGAAUUGCAGUCAAUGCACCCUGAAGAUAGGCAUGUUGUUGUUCUCAAGCACAAUGUUUGGCGUGUAAAAGGCCUAAUUCAGGUCUGCAGAUCGAUUGGUGAUGCCUAUCUGAAAAAACAAGAGUUCAACCGGGAACCUCUGUAUGCAAAAUUCCGUCUUCGUGAACCUUUUAACAGGCCCAUACUAAGUUCAGAACCAUCCAUUUGCGUGCAACCAAUACAGCCACAUGAUGAGUUUAUCAUAUUUGCAUCUGAUGGACUUUGGGAGCACUUAACCAACCAGGAGGCUGUUGACAUUGUUCAAAGUAGCCCUCGUAGUGGGAGCGCUAGGAGGCUCAUAAAAUCAGCCCUGCUAGAAGCAGCCAAGAAAAGAGAGAUGAGGUAUUCCGAUCUCAAAAAGAUCGACCGAGGUGUCCGUCGCCACUUCCAUGACGACAUAACCGUCAUCAUACUCUACCUCGACUCGAGCCUCGUAAGCAGGGCGAGCACCCACAGGGGCCCUGCUGUUUCGCUGAGAGGUGCCGGCGUGAGCCUGCGCAGCAGCACACUCGCACCUUAUGGGUCGCAGAUGUAACAGGUGCCAGUGGUAUCGUCCAAGAUCAUCAUCAUCCCCUUGAUUAAUGGUGAAGAAAGAAUGGAGAGGCACAGACAGAGGGCCUCUUCUUCUCCAGGGCUUCUAUUAAUCCCCAUCAUGAAGACUUUGAUCAUAGUAAUGUAUGUACUUCGUUUCGAGAUUGACCGAGGAAGAAUAGGUAGGUGUCGUUUGUCGUGCCGCUGCUGAAAAGGCAGAUGUCUCUUGUUGUUGUUCGUCCCCUGCAGGAAUUUUAAUUUUAACAACAGUAGUGCAUAUAUGAUAUAUAUGGUAUAAUAAUGGCCCCAGGAGGAGUAACUUAUUGACCGAUGUCGUGGACUCCAUACAUAUGUAUGUAUGUAUGCAUGUAUGUGUGCUAUUCUGACUCUGUUAUUUAUUUAUUUAUUGACCAAUGUUGGUAUCCA